AUGAGUGAAGCUAAGGAAAUUGAGUCUCAAGCUAGAGGGCAUGAUAAAGAAGUCCAAAGCUACUAUCAAAGUAAACAGUUUGAUUUAGACAAGUCGAAACUCCAAGGCUUUGAUGGUAAAUCGAAACCUUAUUAUGGUGAUCAUCAAACUCAGAGGAUGAGUGUUUUCACGAGAGGAAGGAGACGAUUUGAAGAGACGACAUAUGUUUCUGCUUAUAUCUCCAACCAUAAUCGGAAGCCAGAAACUAAUAAACCUCAGUGUCCUGUUCCUGAUUUUGGUGCAGGACGCAAAGCUACAGGCAGUGAAGAUGAUUGUAUCGUUUCUGAGUCAGAUUCUUCCGAUGAUCUCCUAGGAAAGAUAUUGUGUAAGCUCGAUGAGGCACAUGAGAAAGCAAAAGGAUUGAAGAAGCGUGUUGAUGAGAUGAUGUGCAAGUCUGAAGCUGGUCAUACAUCAUCUAUGCUUAGAACAAUAACUCGAUCGAGGAGUGACUUUACGGCUCGGGUUGGUAAGCAACAUACUCUUGUACAAGAAGAAGAAGAACCGUCUAUGAUGAUGGCUCAUACAACAACUCAUAAGCAGAGAGAGGGGACUGUGCAAAUUGGAAGGCAAAGAAUAUCUGCUGAUCAUACUGAAGGUUUGUUGUUACCUCAAGCUCCUGCUUUUGAAGUUGAUGGGCAGUUUUUGUAUAACUCAAGCUCUCCAGAUCCUUAUGGAGGAUUAAUAUUUCCCACAAUUGGAGAUCUGCUGAUGGAUGGAGAUGAAUAUAAAGGAGAAGCGGACAAAGAAGAGAUUGAUCAUUGUUUCAUGAAGCUAAUGAAUGAGUUUGGAGGAGAGACCAUGCCAGAUGAAGAAGAAGAAGAUCCUAGACAACUCACUAAGAGGCAUGAAACCUUCUCCCCUGAAAAUAUCACCAGUCAUGUUUAUUGCUCCACGUCUGACAACGAUAAGGGAUUAGGUCUACCGUAG